AUGUCUUCGAUCCAAAUUGCGCUCGCUGGUGCGACCGGCAACCUCGGCGUCCCAAUCCUCAAAGCUCUUCUUGAAGGACAGUUUUCAGUAACAGUUCUCUCGAGAAGAGGUGGAAACUCAUCAAAAUUGACAAGUCAUCCCAAUCUCAAGAUCGAGGAAGUUGACUUUGAUUGCGUUCAGUCCCUUACAGCGGCAUUGCAGGGGGUGGAGGUGGUCGUAUCCUGUGUCUCUACCCUGGCGAUCGGAAAUCAGAAUUCUUUGAUCGAUGCCUCUGUUGCAGCAGGCGUUAAGCGUUUCGUCCCGGCCGAGUUUGGGAUGGAUUCCCUAAAUCCUCUCUGUGCCCAGCUGCCUGUUUGCGCGCCGAAAGUAGCGACGCAGAGAUACCUCCAUGAGAAAUGUCUCGCAUAUCCCGAGUUCUCUUGGACAGGUAUUGCCAAUGGACUGUUCUUAGACUGGGGCAUGAAAGUGGGAUUCAUCGUAAAUCCAUAUCGGCACGCUGCAACGCAUUAUAACGGCGGUGAUGUCCCUUUCAGCGCCACAAAAUUGGCGGACGUGGUGAAGGCGGUCCUUGCCAUUAUUCACAAGCAAGAACAAACUGCAAAUCGUCUGCUCUAUAUUCAAUCGACAUUGAUUACACAGAACCAGUUGAUCCAGUAUACCAAAGAUAUUGACGGCAAAGAGUGGCAUACACAGGAGAGAAACACCGAGGAAAUCAGGAAAGAGAGCUUGGUAGCACUGGCAAACGGGGAUCUCAUGGCUGCUAUGGACGGGUUUUGUGUAGCUGCCUCUUGGAACGCCGACUAUGGUUGUGACUUUUCCAAUCACUUGGACAAUGAGGAACUGGGCCUGAAGCUGCUGGAUGAACCUGGCUUGAGGUUGUUGGUACAAGGUAUCUUACAACGGGAAGAACAGGUAUAG